CUCUCAUUAUCUGGUAACACUGACGGCGGCAUAUUUUCGCAUAUGCAGCCGAAUAUUUUGGCAAAAAGGAGAAAACUGCUGAAAAGUGAGGCAACAUAGGGAAGCCAGCGCUUGGAUUGCAGCGCCACAGGACCUAUCACACAGCGUUGGUGGAGCACACAGUGACCGCCGGGAGUCGUUGAGAUUUUAGAGGGACUCGAAGGACAUCGCCGACCAACAUGUACAACGGCAUUGGACUGACCACGCCCCGUGGCUCCGGCACCAAUGGACACGUGCAGCGGAAUUGGGCAUGUGUGCGACCCGGGAAGAAGGACAAGGACUACCGCGCCGAGGACGACACCAAGAAGCUGGACGCCCAGCUGAAUCGGCCGCCCAACAAGGAGAUUCUGGACCACGACCGCAAGCGCAAGAUCGAAGUCAAGUGCCUGGAAUUUGAGGAGAUUCUCGAGAAGCAGGGACGCACUCCGGAGGAAAUCAAAUCGCAGGUGGACUCCUUCCGCCAGAAGUUGAUGGGACAGGGCAAAACAGAUCUGGCCAAGGAUGAAUUCGGACGCGUAGCUGCUCGCGACACCCAUCAAAUAGCCGAGGCUCAACAGCAGAAGAACGCCAAACUGCGCGAGGCGUUCAACAUAUCCGAGUACUUCGUCGAGGGCAGCAGCUUCGACAGCGAUCGCAAGGCGAAGGAGGACCUGGCCAAAAGCGUGGCUCUCCAAAAGGAACUGGACGCCCAGCGCGAGAGCCUGGCAGCGGCGGCAGCUGCCGCAGCAGCUGGCAAGGACAAGGAGACCGGGAAGCGGUAUGCCCUAGUGCGCACUCCUUCCCGUGAACAGGAUCGCGAUGGUGGCGAUGCGGCGGCCAGUGGCGAUGAGCGUGGCGAUCAUGUUUCCAAGACGGACAAGAAGAAGCGCAAGAAGCGCGCCAGAGAGAGUUCGGCCAGUCCUGAGCGCAAGAAGGACAAGAAGAAGAAGUCGAAGAAGCACAAGAAAGAGAGUAAGUCGAAGAAGAAAAAGUCGCGAAAGCGCAAGCACAGCGAAAGUGCCCGGGACAGCGACCGGGAUAGCGAUGACGACGACGACAGCAGCGAGGAGGAUCGACGCGAGUCGAAGACCGCCCGCAAGAAAGCCAAGAAGGACAAGAAAAAACGCGACAAGAAGCUGAAAAAGAAGUCACGCGCACGGGCCAGUUCCUCGGACUCUGAGCGCUCCAACUCUCCAUCGCGGAAAGAGAACAAACCGGACAGGUCCCGUGGCGUAAAGGCUUCCAAGUCCGAUGAGAAGGCUUCGCAGCAGGAAAAUGUCACGCGCAGCCGUUCUCGCGAGCGCAAGGAUACGAAAUCCAGGCCACUCGAAGCCUCCAUAGACAGUCGUCAUCACAAGGCAAGGGAACGGUCAGCGGCUACGCCACCACGCAAGGAGGCGGAAAGGCAUAGAGAGCGCUCUAAGGACAGGCAGCGGUCCAAGGAGAAGCACAGAUCGAGAGACAGACAGCGGUCUAAGGAAAGGCCGCGGUCUAAGGAAAGGCAGCGCUCCAGAGAAAGACAGCGAUCCAAAGAAAGACAACGAUCCAAGGAAAAACAGCGGUCCCGGUCGAAGGACGUACUAAGAUGUAAGGAAAAACCGCAAUCUAAGGAAAGAGAAAGGUCUAGGGAAAGACGGCGAUCAAAGUCCAAGGAUAGACAAAGGUCCAAGGAAAAACACAGGCCCAAGGAAGAAAAACAAUCAGUGGACAAAAGGCGAGAUAGAUCCAGGAAUAGGUCGAAGGAAAAACCGCGCCCCAACGAGCGGCAACGGUCGAAGGAGAGGCAGCGCUCUAAGGAAAGGCAGCGCUCGAAGGAUAGAAAUCGGUCAAGGGAGAGGCAGCGCUCUAAAGAGAGGCAGCGCUCUAAAGAGAGGCAGCUCUCCAAGGAUAGGCAGGGAUUAAAGGAAAGGCAACGUUCUAACGAGAGGAAACGAUCAAAGGAGAGACAGAACUCUAAGGAUAGGCAGCGUUCAAGGGAGAGGCAACCCUCUAAGGAUAGACAGCGCUCAAGGGAGAGGCAGCGCUCCAAGGAGCCACAACAAUCAAAGGACAGGCAACGUUCCAAGGAGAGACAGCGUUCCAGAGAACGUCCAGCCAAGGAACCCCGGCCCACACGAUCGCCAAGAGAUCGUAGUUCCAAGCGCUCUCCUACCAACGCUAGCAGAAAGCGACAAGAUGACACUAAAUUAAGCCGCAAUUCCCGAUUCCAAUCGCCAGCCCAUUCCCCAGAGGCGCCACCUAAGAAGUCGGUACCCGUACCAGCCUUCAAUCCCUUCAAGGCGGCGGAGGACACUGUUAACGAUAUCCUUGGCACGAAGUCGGUGAUGGUGGCCCUGGAACAGACUAAGCGCCAGCGGGCGGCUUCCAGCUCUAGCUCGGAUUCCGACAGCUCCAGUAGUAGCUCGACUUCCUCGCGUACCCCAUCGCCCAAGCCCACCCCCAGGAAACAAAAGAAGAGGAGUAGGACACCAGAACAAAAAGAGGUCAAGAAGGAGGUCAGCCCCAAGGAAGAGGUCCGCAGAAGCGUGAAGCGGGAGCAGUCCAAUUCCCCGCAAAAGUCGAAGUCUAAGAGCAAGGUGGUCGACGCAAGUCCCAAGCCUACGAGGCGUCGUUCUCGCUCAGGUUCCUCCGAGUUGCGGUACUCGCCAGCUGAACGCCAUCCGGAACGCUACCGCGACAUCGUUCAGGACAAAAAGCGACCGUCCAAAGUUAAGGAAGCCCACUCGGCGAAACCUGCUCCAGUGGUCCGCCUGAGGGCACAAAGCGACGACGGCAGCGAUGCCGAAGCAGGAGUAGAUGGUGCCGCCUUGGAGGAAUUCCAGCAGAGCAGGCGCGAGCGCGAGGAACAGCAGGAACUGCGCAUGCUGGAACAACUGAAGUCUGGGAUAGCGGCCAAGGCCAAGCAGAAGAUCAAGAUCAUGGAGAAAGACCCGGCCAAAGAGGGUAGCGAAGUAAGUGGCAGCGACCUGGUGACGGCUACUAAACGUAACUCGCUAAGCGAAUUCCUUGUUGCUAACAACGUGACCGCUUUGAUUAACCCACUGACUACAACCACGCUAACACUAACGACGACGCCCCCGCCGCCUCUGGCGGUGAUUCUGCCGAUGGAUCAGCGCCAGGAGCAGCCUCUGCUGCGGGAUCCGGAUCAAGAGCUGUCCGUGCCUGUGGAGGAUCCGGUUAAGAAAAGGGACGCCGGCACACCGCCCAUUUGCAAGACGCCCCAAGUGGCGGCGAAUGGCGACGCAAAGAGUCCGACAUUGGUUUACAAGAACCACGUGCACCACAACAGGCCGCCUCCACAGCACAUGCAUCACCAGUCGCAGCAGCAACAUCACCAGCAUCCUUCGGGGAAGCGCAUCUUCCACAACCGCACGCUGAACAAUAACCCUAACAGUAGACAUAGUACUAACAACCCUCAUGCAUGUGGUGGUGGUGGGGUCCCUCAUUCAAAUCCCAACAGUAGCAAUAGCGGCGGGAACAGCAACAACCCGGCCAUGCUCCCGUUUCUGGCGGGAACUCCGGGCACCUACAAUCGCACCACAAACCGCCUCAACCACGGUCCCCUGCUAACCGCCACCCACUACAACAUCUGCAAGAACCACCAGCACAGCCUGCAGCAGCAGCAGGCGCACCACCUGGCUCGUGGCUUGGUCUACAACUCGAGUCUCUUCGGCCACGGACCGCGCCAUCCGGGACUACUGUCUCUGGCGGGAGCUGGUGUGGGCGUGGGUGGGCCAGGUGCUCCGCUGUUGGGUCAUCCUUCGCAUGUCCGGGGUGGUGGCGGUCCCAUUAGCUUCAAUGCGGCGGCAGCGGCUGCGGCCGUGGCCGCCAAUAGUAUUAGCUACCAUCAUCAUCACCAUCAGCACCAACAGAAACCGAAAAUCGUUAUAAAACCCUUCAAAAUUCACGAUCCACAGCCCCUAGUCGCAGCGCUCGCGGACAGCUCACUGGUGGACGCCAUCGUCUCCAAGGUAUCCACAGCCACCGUGGCGGCGGCGGAGAGUGCGGCCCGUAGGAGCCGCAGUCGAGAGCGUCGGAGCCGGAGUCGCAGCAAGAGGCGCACCAGCACCAGCCAUCAUCGACAUCACUCCAGCAGCCGGUCGAGAUCGCGCUACAGCUCGUCCAGCAGUCGCAGCGGAUCGCGCAGCUCAAGGUCCCGCUCCGGGUCGCACUCCUCCCGCUCCAGCUGCUCCUCGCACAGCAGCUCGGGCAGCUCCUCCUCCGGCAGCGGCUCCGGAUCAUCGCAGUCCGGCUCUCGAUCGCCCUCCAUCCCAAGGCGUCGCGGCUCGCCCAGCUUCCUAGACAGACGUCGCAUAACGAGCGCUCGCAAGCGACCGAUUCCCUAUCACCACAAGGCGAACGCCGAUGGAGAGGCGGAGGAGGCCUCAAGUUGCUGCUCCAGUUGCUUCAGCCGCGCCAGCAGUCCUGCCACGCCCCUUCUUACGCCUCUGCGCAACAGCCGAAGUCCCUCGAUGGUCGCCUUCUGAGUGUUAACCGCGUCGCUGCGCAGGAUGUGCGGCGAGUCCUGAGGCACGGUUGCCUCUCAAUCAUCACCAUCAUCCUAGUCACCUGCUCUAGUCAGACUCCUAGUCCUAAGAUAGUUGUUAUGCGCAUUUAACUUGUUUUACACCGCAUUCCGUAGCCCUAAGUUAGUCAUCUGCCCUUGAAUUUACUAGCGAAAUUAUAUUGUAGCCCCGAUAUUAUGCCAAUAAUACUCGUUCGUAAGCCUUUGCUCGAUUAUUUGCUA